AUGGUUGCAACUCGCGUCAUACGCAAACCUACUCGAUCAAAGUCAAGCACAAGUUCCGCUGCUAGGAAGACGUCUAAAUCAGCCGAUGUUGAUGAUUCUCCUCUGAACUCUCCUCUGAUUGCUAGAUCUAAAGCUUCGCGAGCCAUCAUCUCAUCAGGAUCACCCAAUCCAGCUCCUUCUCCGUUCUCUAUGCAUAGCGCUAACCAUCCAGGUUUGAUUCUCAUUGCUAUUCGCUUAGAUGGUACAAACUAUGAUGAUUGGGAUGCUACUAUGCGUAUUGCGUUAGAUUCUAAAAGGAAACUAGGUUUUAUUGAUGGUAGCUUACCUCGUCCUGAUGAAUCGGACUCAAGCUUCCCUUUGUGGUCUUGUUGCAACAACAUGGUUAAAUCAUGGUUGUUGAACUCUGUAUCACCUGAGAUCUAUCGGAGCAUCCUGCGAAUGAAAGAUGCUUCUGAUAUCUGGCGUGAUCUAUACAGUCGUUUUCACAUGAGUAAUUUGCCUAGAACCUUUAACAUCACUCAAGAGAUACAAGAUCUCCGUCAAGGUUCUAUGUCUUUGAUGGCAUAUUACACAAAACUAAAGACACUAUGGAGUACUUUGGAGACUACAGAAGAAAUUAAUGAACCUUGUAUUUGUGGUAAAGUUGAUCGUCUGCAACAGAAGGCAGAGAGAGCUAAAAUAGUCAAGUUUCUUGCUGGAUUGAAUGAGUCUUAUGCCACCAUUCGGAGACAAAUCAUUAUGAAGAAGGUUCUCCCAAGUUUGGCAGAAGUCUAUAAAAUUCUUGAUCAAGAUGAUAGUCAGAAAGGAUUCUCCAACUUGAAUGUUGCUCCUUCUGAUUUUCAAGUUUCAGAAAUGGAUCCUUUUGGACUUGAUCCUACUAUCUGCUACGUUCAAAAUGGUCCUCACAAAGGCAGACCAAUUUGUUCUUUCUGUAAUCGGGUUGGUCACAUUGCAGAACGGUGCUACAAGAAGCAUGAUUUUCCUCCAGGUUUUGUUUCAAAGAACAAGAAUGCUAACAAACCUGUUACACCACAGCCUGUAGCAGCACAAGUGACUUUGGCUAAUCCUAAUCCACCUUCAGUCAUGUCUCAUUCAAACUCUCCUACGAUGGAAAACAUGAUUGGAAAUCUCAGUAAGGAUCAGCUCCAACAGUUUAUUGCUCUAUUCAGUUCACAGUUGCAGACUCAGGGCACUCAAGGAUCUAAUGAAGCUAGUUCCUCUUCCAACCCUGAGUACACUAGUAUUGAUUUUUCACCCUCUACCUACUGUUUUAUUGGUAUCUUGACUGUAGCUAAAACCACGGUUACACCUAAGACAUGGGUGAUAGACUCUGGGGCUACUCAUCAUGUCUAUCAUGAUAGAAGCUUAUUCUCGGAUAUGGAUACUUCUAUCGUGAGUUAUGUGAAUUUCCCAACAGGCUCAACAGUCAAGAUCAGUGUAGUUGGUUCAGUUAGGAUUAACAGUCACAUUACUCUUCAGAAUGAUCUUACCAAGGAAUUGAAAAUUGGAAAAGGUAGAAGAGUGGCAAAUCUCUAUGUAUUGGACGAUGAAGAUUUAGAAGUCUCAGCCAAUGCAGUAGUAGAUGUCAGUAUGUGGCAUAGAAGAUUAGGGCAUCCUGCUUUCAGUAGAUUGGAUGUCAUCUCUCAGUCUUUAGGCACUACUAGACAUAAGAAUAAACGCGUAGCUUAUUGCCAUAUUUGUCACCUUGCAAUACAGAGCAAACUAUCUUAUCCUUCUCCAAAUAACAUUUGUAAUUCAAAGUUUGAGUUAUUGCAUAUUGAUAUUUGGGGACCUUUCUCAGUUGAUACUAUUGAAUAA